AUGGCAGGAUACACUUGUAUCCAGUGCCUCCAGGUCCUCCGUCAAGGAGCCCGGGCAUCAACCCCUCAGGCUCGCCUUCAGAGCCUCGCUACUUCGCGGCGGAGAAGCGCAGUCUCCCCGUCUCUGAUCCGAAGCUUCGGUUCGCAUCGUAACGGCCGAUCGCUCGGCACCAAGCCAGCAGAGCAGACCAAGCCUGCACCUGCACACUCCUGCUGCGCCCCUAAGCCAUGGCCUUCGACUAUCACCCAGAGAGGUGUCGCAAGCAAGGCCUCCGCUGGCGCCUUGGCCAAGGACAACCUGUUCCAUUCUUUCUCGAACUCGCCCUCGGACGCUAUCCGCAAACGCGCCGAGUUCAUCAAGCAGAAUGCCUUCUGCCCGCACCCCAGUCACCAACAGACCCGCGCCCCCGUCUCGCCGCACGAUCCAGAAGCAAGAAAAGACACCAGCGAAUCGAACCUCGCCCCGGCCCAUUCGCAUUUCGAGUGCCCCGACUGCGGUGUGCCAGUUUACUGUUCCGAGGGCCACUGGAUGGAUGACUUUGAGGCUCAUCUCGAGAUCUGUGAUACCCUCCGCCAGAUCAAUGAGGAUGACCACGACCUGCGUUCCGGUCGCUCCUUCCCUGAAUUCAAUUACCCCGGUCCUCAGGAUGAUAACUUUGUUAUUAACAUGACUAACUGGGAUACUUACCUCUACACCCGCGAGUUCCCGGCUAUCAACGAUGAUCGCUCUAUGCGCCAGGUGACUCGCAUGCUCACCUACCCACAGACCAUUGGUAGUGUCUUACACGAGCUUAGUCCCUAUGGUGUUCGUGCCGGGGGGCGGCUUACGCCUGAGGGUCUGAAGAGUAUUAGUGCCCUCCGUUACUCGCUGCACCCCCCAAAGGCUGGUGAAAGUACCGAUAUCAAGGGUCUUCGCCUAAAGGCACCCCCAGUACGAAUCUUCAUCCUGGGCGCACGCGCUGAAUCAUCUUUGCCCCGUGACGUCUGGCUGCAGCUACAGUACAUGUACCCGCGGGCGUUACUGCACCUCAUCUUCAUUGGACCUGAGAGUAUGGCAAACCGGGAUGCCGAGUUCCCGCUGCCCGAGCGCACACCUGAGAACCCCUUCGGCGGAAUCGUCGAGGACAGACUCGGUGGCCAGAUGAAGAUCACCACUUACGUCGACUACUUCCACACCAUGAAUAAGGCACAGUACUUUGGUCCCUUCGAUCCCUAUCUAGAUUGUUUCAUGCUCUUCCACCCUGGUCUUGGUCACCCUGCCAGCUCGCAUGAGUGGGAGGAGACUCUCCCUCAGCUUCUUGAGACCAAGGUUCCUAUUCUCUGCACUGGGUACACACAGUGGGAUUUGGAGCGUGAUAUUAACUGGGUUAGUGAGAAGUGUCGUGGUGAGUUUGAUGUGCUUCUUGAGCCGGGUGAGAACAUCUUCCGCAGUCUGCGCUGGGAUUUGAAUGACCAGGAUCCUCACGAUGUGUCGUGUGGUAACUGGGGAUUGUGGGCCUUCCGAGGCAAGAGAUACGAGGCUACCUUCAAGCAGGAGGACUAA